AUGCCAACAGAUGAUGAAGAUAGCAAUGGCUUCAUCGGAAAAGUCCCUAAUGGCAAGAUCGAGAGUUACCGGCACCUGCUGGCAUCGGCGGACGACAGCCCUGCCUUGACUCGAGACCGAGACUCACCCCCGGAGUCAGUCAGUCAUGGAAGCCGCCCACCCUCCCUGAGACAGUCGUCGCUUUCCCAUCCUCGUCCGCCCGGUACUCCUCGAACCAACAACAGGGUGCGAUUCGACCUUGAAGACGUGGCGAGCAGUCCGCAAUCAGAAGAAUGGGUAGACGAGGAGGACUGUCUCAACUCCCCAAGCCAGCACGCUCCGCUGCUGACCGAUAUCACUCCACCGUCUCAAUCUCCCUUCCUGUCCGAAUCCUUCCAGCCGGAGGACUACCUGCCUGAUGCGAGGCCCAAGAGUGGGAUGUCGAGUGCGUUUAUGAACAUGGCAAACUCAAUCAUUGGGGCCGGGAUUAUUGGUCAACCAUAUGCCUUCCGACAGGCCGGGAUGACAAUGGGCAUCAUCCUGCUGGUUGCUUUGACGGUGACGGUGGACUGGACCAUUCGUUUGAUCGUGAUCAACAGCAAACUGUCAGGCGCAGACUCGUUCCAGGCGACAAUGCAGCAUUGCUUUGGGUCUAGUGGCCUUGUGGCCAUUUCAAUCGCGCAAUGGGCCUUUGCUUUCGGCGGUAUGAUUGCUUUUUGCAUCAUUGUGGGGGAUACGAUUCCCCAUGUCAUGGAGGCGUUGAUUCCAGGGUUGAGAGAGGUGCCUUUCCUGUGGCUUCUGACCGAACGGAGAGCUAUCAUUGUACUUUUCGUCCUUGGUAUCAGCUGGCCAUUGAGUUUAUACAGGGAUAUUGCAAAGCUGGCAAAAGCAUCUACACUGGCGUUGAUCAGCAUGUUGGUCAUCAUUGUGACCGUCGUCACCCAAGGAGCCAGUGUCGAUCCAGAACUACGCGGGAACUUAAAGGGACUUCUUUUCGUCAACGACGGCUUCUUUCAGGCAGUCGGAGUCAUCUCAUUUGCUUUUGUUUGCCAUCACAACUCGCUACUAAUCUACGGCUCGCUCAAGACGCCAACCAUAGACCGGUUCGCGACAGUGACGCACUACAGCACCUUUAUCUCCAUGAUAGCCUGUCUGAUCAUGGCACUGGCAGGUUUCCUUACGUUCGGCAACAAAACCAAAGGCAACGUCCUGAACAACUUCCCCUCUCAAGGACACGUAAUAGUUCAGAUAGCUCGGCUGUGCUUUGGACUCAACAUGCUCACAACUCUCCCCCUCGAAUGCUUCGUCUGUCGAGAGGUCAUGAACAACUACUGGUUCCCCGAAGAGCCUUAUCAGCCGAACCGCCAUUUAAUCUUCAGCAGUGCCCUGGUGGUCACCGCUAUGGCCAUCAGCUUGAUCACAUGCGACCUCGGCGCUGUCUUUGAACUCAUUGGAGCGACGAGCGCUUGUGCCCUGGCAUACAUCUUACCGCCACUGUGUUAUAUCAAGCUAAGCACCAGAAGCUGGAGGACCAUCCCUGCUGUUGCAUGCAUUGUAUUUGGUUUCGCUGUCAUGGCUGUCAGCUUGAUACUCGCUUUGAAGAAGAUUAUCAGAAGUAAGUGA